UGUGGGCCCACCAAGGCCCAAACCAAAACCUUCCCCUGAACCCUCCCCGAGCGCCGCCGCCAACACCGACGCGCGGAGCAAGAGGAAGGAGAAGAGGCCGACCGAUCCACCACCGAUGGCGGGCGGCGGGCUGCUCGGGGGCGCGUUCUGGGCGACGCGGGCGCUGGAGGUGGUGAAGCGGAACGACUCCCCGGGGCUGCUGUGGAAGCGCAUCAAGCUCACCACCACCCGCAAGAACAACGCCAAGAAGCGCCUCAAGCGGCUCUGGCAGAAUGAGGCAGUUAUAAGGAAGGGCUUGUGCUCAAUCAGAGUCGCCGUCAACUUCAAACACAACUUCAAACACGGCUACCGGAGCUGAGAAACAACAGUAGCUUGGAAAGUCAAUUCGUGCCUCAACAAGGAAAGGCUCAUACGCAAUUGGAAAAGGCCCGACGACCUUUGCAUGAUAUGCUGAAGCCUGAACUAUUUUCUCCCAUAUUUAUUUCAGUUUGUUAUCCACAAAUUGAAAACUGCAUGUAUAAAUCCACUUUCUUCAGCUAGAGGACAUCAUUGCGUGCCACCAUGUGCUACUUUGCUCCCUCCUGCUGACAUCAAUUCCUAGCAUCUUUGUCCCCUCA